UCUCCUCUCUGACCAGCCUGCUGCGCCUUCGCACUCCGCCCGCAGCCCACAAAUGGCGCUGUGCCGGGGCAGGACAGCACAUGCUCCCCCGGCCUGCGCGCCUCCAGCACACAGGCAGCCUCGUCCGACCUACCAUUACCCAGCAUUCACCGCAGCGAGUUCACGCGAGCUCCCCGAUAGCAGCAGCCCCGGCACGGCUUGCCGUCGCUUUUUUUGCUAAGGUGCCCGAGCCCGGUCCUCUGCCGAGCCCCGCACACGGAUGAAAUGGCUGAACUUUUGAUGGAAUGUGAGGAGGAAGAACUUGAACCAUGGCAGCAACCAGAGAAAGAUGCUAACGAAGAAGAGGAGGACGAUGAUGAACCUAUCUUUGUCCGUGAAAUUAGUGGUUCAAAAACCACCAGCGCUGGCAAUUCUUCGGGGACCCAGCCUACUUCAGUCAGAAGGGCUGAGAAUGGAACACCUGCUAGAGGAGCCAAUACUACAUUUCAGUCCCCCAAUAAAAACUACAAACCCACUACUGCAGCACACAAUGUUGCAAAUGUCAGUCAACCAGCUGCACCUAUGUAUCAGCCUGUUACUAGACCAGCAGUUAGUUCUGCCAUUGUUCAACCACUACCAAGACCUGUUGGCAUGCAAGAGCCAGUAAGGAGACCUGUUAGUGGAGGAAUUCCAUUUCAGCAGCCACCAAGACCAAGUCCGGUUAUGCAGCCCAUUUGCAGGCCAGUGGCAUUCACGCCAAACACUCCACCAGUAUGUCGAAACAUCACAUUUCCUACUGUGUCACAACAACCGCUACGACCUGUUGCUACCAUCCCUGCACAGCCUGUCAUGUUAAACCAGGGUUAUAUUAUGACUUCUCCCCAAGUUUCUGCUAAUAAUUCUCAUAAUGUAAUGUAUGCUUUGCGGCCAAGUGCAACACUAACACAAUAUCAAGGUGUGCAGACGCUUACUACAACAGGAAAUGCUACUCCAUUAAUUCGACCACUACAACCCUUACACCAAAUCCGCCCAGUUUCUACACCAGCAAGGACAGCACCCACUUUCAUUCAUAGGUCUCCUGCUCCUACCCCAUCGAUGCUGCAAAACAACCUAAUACCAGUACUUCAACAGCCUUUACAGCAGAAUUCACAGAAAACCCAACAAACUAUCCUUACACAAAGCUCCUCAGCAAACAUAGGUCGAAAUGAAAAUGCACCAGCUGCUAAACGACCAGCUACUAUCGAUCUCACAGAUGACUCCCCGAAAAGGCAAAAAACCAAUGAGAAUUUAGCAGAUAAUAGGCCACUUGGAGCUUCUCCCACAGUAUCUACUCCAAUGUCAAUGGCUGCGAGACAACAGCAAACAACUCCAUUGCAAGAUACACCCACAAAAGUUAAUGCAGGUAGCGGUUCAGGAACAACUCCAACAAAAAACGGAAUGCCUUUUCCUCGAGCUUGUCCGAAAUGCAAUAUUCACUUCAACCUUUUGGAACCUAUGAAGAACCAUAUGAGGUAUUGUUGUCCAGAAAGGAUGCAACAAUUUUUCCCCAGAGUAGAAAACGCAGAAGUUCCAAGAGCACACAAUCCAACAGAAGAGAAUGACAAGGGAAAACUGAUAAUGUUGGUCAGUGAAUUUUAUUAUGGAAAGCAUGCUGGGGACCCUCUGCUGGUACAACAAGACCAGAAGACAAAUACGACUUUCAAGUGUUUCAGCUGUCAGAAAGUUCUCAAAAACAAUAUAAGGUUUAUGAACCACAUGAAGCAUCAUUUGGAACUUGAGAAGCAGAGUACAGAAAGUUGGGAAAACCACACCACCUGUCACCACUGUUAUCGCCAGUUCCCAACUCCUUUCCAGCUGCAGUGCCACAUUGAAAGUUCUCACACGCUCUAUGAAUCCACAACCAUUUGCAAGAUAUGUGAAUUGUCAUUUGAAUCUGAGCAGAUUCUGUUACAGCAUAUGAAGGAUAAUCAUAAGCCUGGAGAAAUGCCAUAUGUUUGCCAGGUGUGCAAUUAUAGGUCUUCAGUUUUUAAUGAUAUCGAUGUUCAUUUUCGAAAUGUGCAUGAAAACACCAAAAAUUUGCUCUGCCCGUUUUGUCUGAAAGUUAUUAAGUCUGGAACACCGUACAUGCAGCAUUACAUGAAGCACCAGAAUAAAGGUGUGUAUAGAUGUGCGAAGUGCAGGCUGCAGUUUUUGAGUUGUAAAGAAAAAAUGGAUCACAGAGCUCAGCAUCACAGAACAUUCAGAAAGCCAAAACAACUGGAAGGUCUUCCGCCAGGAACAAAGGUCACAAUCCGAGCGACUUCUGCAGGCAAUCCCAACCCUGUUUCCCCUCCUACCACUUCCAUUUGUAGAAGCCCUCCCUCGACACCACCUCAGCCAAUUCCUAAAAUAAAGACUGUAAGCCUUAAGAACAAUCAAAUUUCCCCACCUAAAGUAAACAUACUGUCACCAAAACCUAAAUCACCUCCAAAGAAGUCUGCAACUUCAAACACCACAAAAAGAAUCAAGAUGACCAAUACAGCACUGCGAAAUAUAAGGUACGUUCCUGGGUUCCAUAACUGCAUUGAAUGUCAUCGUCAAGUGGUGGAUUUUGAGGGUCAUUUCCACACCUAUGUACACUGUAGCAAAUGCAAGUUCAGUACCAGCUGUAAUAAAGCUUACACUAGCCACAUGCAAAGCUUUCAUGGCAGAAAUUCCAGCAAAAAAUCCAAAGCUUUGAAAAAACAUCCCAAGGAUAAAAGGCGUAUAACUGUGGUAUGCCUGAACUGUGAUUUCCUGACCGAUCUUUCUGGUUUAGAUGACAUGGCCAAACAUUUGAGUGAAAGUCACACUCAUUCAUGCCAAGUGGUUACAGAGAAUGUUUCCAUAUUUUCCUCAACUCAUGAAGGAGACAUGUCUAAAUCAAGACUUCAUCUUCCAGUAGAGCAAGUUAAAACUGGUAAUCAGGAGGAAAACACUGGCUCGGUCAAUUAUGCAGUAACAGUUAAAAGCAUAGAGAACAAGCUAAUGACCGAGGCAACAAAGAAUGAAAGUGAUGCAUGUGAAAAUAGUAGGACCUCUCAAGGCCAAAGAAUCAUGUUGUUAGUUAAUAGUCAAAUGACUAGUCUUGAGCAUGUAGAUGUGACCACUGAGAGUUCAGGCAGCUGUUCUCCAAAUCCAGAAGAAGCAGCUCAGCUAAUGGAGACAGAAAGUAGCGAGAACAUUGUCCUUACUGAAGAGAGCGGGGCUUGCAAAGACACUAUACUAGAGAUUGGUGAGCCUUCUGAUAAUGAAGCCAGCAUUACAGAUGUUUAUGAAGUAAUGUCUUCUCCUAUGGAAGCUGAAGAUUGGCAAGAUUUAAACCCUUCUAAUGACAGCAUUGGCAUUGAACAGUUUUUAAGAAGGGAUGCAGCAGACUCUGUAAGUUCUGAUGUCAGUGAACCUAGUAGUCUACCUUUGGAUCCCUUAACCCCUUCGGUGGUGUUGGAACAUGAGACUACAGAGAUAUUGCAAAAGGGCACAGUGAAUGUCAGUUCACAGACUGGAUCAAACGGAGAGAAAGCUGAAGAAGAUGAAGACAGUCAUACAAAUAUAUCCAUGGCUGUUCAAGCUGAAAAAGAAAGUGAAAUUGUUUUGUAGGAGAUUGGGACACUCCAGGUGGUGGAUUAUUUGCUACUGUUUGAAUGCAUGGUCAAAGAUCCAUGGACUUUAUCUCCAAAUCACUGCUGAAAAUUCGUUCUGUGUUUUGGAAGCAAGGCUUGGAAAACGUGAUGUUGUUUGCCCUUACAGCUACCUUAAACAUCAGUAUUAGGAGUGACAUAACAGGGCAGCUAGGGAGGAAGGACAACAUGUUAAAACAUUUCAUUCUGACUUGAUUAUCCUUGGACACUUCUGUUUUGUAUGUUUCCGAAUCCUACCACAACUCUAAAGGAUAAAGCGUUAAUACUUUUUUAAUGUUAAAAAUUAUUAUGGAAAGUAUUGAGCUGUAGCAGCUUUGAUACUUUAAAAGUC